AUGUCUUUCGGUGGCCUCAACAUCCAAGGCGCGCACGUCGACGACUCGGACGAUGAAAACGAAGAAGAGCCCCGGCUCUCCGAAAUCCGCAUCACAGUCAACACCCCGCUCAUGAUAACCGGCGACGGCAACUCCGUGUCCGUUGACGUCGCGCUAAACGCAUCCAAAGUCUCUGCGGCCGUCGUGGCAGCUCUUAGGGGUAUGAGCACUGUUGCGGGCGGCGUGCCCAUGAUUGAUGGCGAUGGAAGACCGCGCCCGAUUACGAUGGAAGUCACGGCUGAGAUUAAGGUCGAGGGCUCGAAUAACGUGGUGGGUGAUAAGGCGGUUUUGAGCAAGACGGUUGCCGGGUCGGCUUUUCAGAAGGGAAGGGAGGAGGAGGAGGAGCAGCUGGGCCCGAAGACGCCGGAUACGCUGGAGGGGCAGGAUGCGCAGGGCGGAGUGAAGAGGGAUAGGGGUGUAGUUGAGCGCUCGGAGAACGUAUCAAAGCGGAUUCGUAGGGGCUAG